UUUUUCUCGCAGGCUCGGGCGCGGGACGCCCCUCCGAACGCCCUGGCACACUCGGCAAUGGGUGCCCUACAGGGGGAUUGCUCGGCGGCCCGGCGGGGGGGGGAGAAGAAGAAGAAGACGAUCAAGGGGAGGCCCAAGGAGGGGAAAGGGAACACGAGGGGAGGGCAGUGGCAGGGGUGCCUCUGCCUCCUCGGAGCUCUGGCGUCCCCCCGCGGAGCGCGCCGUCAGGCUGCAGCCCGCACCGACUUCAAAGACCUGCCGCGCCGCGUCCCCGAGAGCGACGCGCCAAGCGCGGCGGCGCCCGGCGGGAGGAGGGCCGGGGAGGCCGGCGGCACGCCUUGGCGCGCCUGGCGCUCCGCUGGGGGCGCGCCGUCGGCGCUGGCCUAAUGCAAGAUGGCGAUUCGGAAACAGGAGUGCGAGAAUUGUUCUC